UCUCUACCUUUGACGGACACUAAGUUGGAAGUUGAAACUUGGUAUCAGAGUUUCAGCGAGCGAGAGAGGGAGAGAGAGAAUUGGCCGAUUGGGGCCCUUGAGAGUUGUUUAAUCUGUCUUCACCAUGGAGGGUUUAUUGGUUCUCGAUCCGGGAGUUGAAGAUAAUAAAGCAAAAAGAGAAAAAAUGGUGAAAGGAUCUUUUGGGAACACACCAAGGAAAAGGCUCGCUGACAUUAGCAACUUUCAAGAGAAAAAAUCUAAACCCACAACCCAAGUUGAAAAACCGCUGACUAUUCCCCCUACUACUAAAGAGUAUAUCGAGCAUCUUCACCAGGAAAAUAUGGCAUUGGCAAAGCUUCUUGCAGACCGAAAUAAAAUCAUUGAAGUGACUGGAAUUGAGUUGCAGAAACUCCGAAUCAGUUUGCAGAAACUUCAGCAACAGAACUUGCAGCUUGCACAAGCAAACAGCCAGAUGUUGGCGGAACUUAAUUCAGGCAAAGAUAGGUUAAGAGUACUACAUCACGAGCUUGGCUGCAAAAACAGCGUACUUCAAGUGAGAAAUUCAGAAUUGGAGGAGAAGGCGAAGAAGAAAACAUAUAAAAAAACUGGCAAUCAGGUGGGAACAAUCAAGUGUGAGGAGGCAGGGGAAUCCUUACAAGAAGAUAAAAGUGAUGAUAAACCUUGUACUACAAAGAGGCGGCAAUCAAAAAACCAGUCUAUCGUUAACCCGUCUUCUAGCAAACAAGUCCAAGAAAAAGAUAAAGCUGAAAACAAAAAGCUGCAGUCAAGACGGCAAUCUACUAGGUUUAUAUCUGUGAAAUCUGAACCCACUGAAGACUUGUUUGAGAUAGAUGAUGCCAAAUUUCCUGCCUCCCAGCUGCAUGAUGAUCCGAUGCAUGAUAAUUGUCCAACUUCCUUGGGUUCAUCUGGAAAAAAAGCCAAUGGAGAUGGUGCCCUUGGAGUUGCAACUCCAGAAUUUCGAAGAUCAUCUUUUGGAAGGCCCUUACGUCGAGCAGCUGAGAAGGUUCAGUCCUACAAGGAAAUUCCAAUUAAUGUAAAGAUGCGGAGAUCAGAGUGAGUCAAUUCUUCCCCUGAGAAUAUUGUUGAAAAAGAGUAGCAGAAGAGAAUGGAGAAGACUGAUUUUUCUUUUCUUGCAUCCACUGUUUCUUGUGCCCUGUGAUAUUGUUGCUUUCAUGUAUUUUUGUUCAACUGACAUUCCUGGGAUGCAUGCUGCUAACCUAACUGUAACUUUCAUAUCAUAUUUUCUUUCUCUAUCAUCUGCGGAUGAUGCUUACGAAAAUGCGUAGGUUGACAUAGUUGUAUUUCAUUGAAAUGUAUUGAAACAGACUAGAUUUCCUGGCAAAGCAUGCUCUCUCGUAAUUAAAACUGGUUGUAGCAUUAAAUCUUA